AUGUGGCUCAUUAACUGGUUCUACGAUAUUCUGGCCUCCCUUGGCCUGCUCAACAAGCACGCCAAGCUCCUGUUCCUCGGUCUCGAUAAUGCCGGAAAGACGACCCUCCUGCACAUGCUGAAGAACGACCGGGUUGCCAUCCUCCAGCCCACUGCUCACCCGACGACCGAAGGAAACUGGAUAUCGCGGACAAGGGCUAACCGCACUUCUUUCAAUACAGCAUCCGAAGAGCUCGCCAUCGGCAACAACCGUUUCACGACCUUUGACCUGGGUGGUCACCAGCAGGCUCGUCGUCUGUGGAAGGACUACUUCCCCGAAGUUAGCGGUAUCGUCUUUCUCGUUGACGCCAAGGACCACGAGCGUUUCCCCGAGUCCAAGGCUGAGCUCGACGCCCUCCUUGCCAUGGAGGAGCUGGCCAAGGUUCCCUUCCUGAUCCUCGGAAACAAGAUCGACCACCCCGAUGCUGUUAGCGAGGACGAGCUUCGCCACCAGCUUGGAUUGUACCAGACCACGGGUAAGGGCAAGGUUCCUCUUGAGGGAAUCCGGCCCAUUGAGGUGUUCAUGUGCAGUGUUGUCAUGAGACAGGGAUACGGUGAAGGUAUCAGAUGGCUGUCUCAGUACGUCUAA